AUGACUGAGCUAAACCCUGCCUUCGUGCUCCGGUCCGUUCAAAACGUCUCGUUCGAGAACCGAGAGGUCCCGGCACUCCGCGACGAGUACGACGUGCGAGUGCACGUCGAGCAGACGGGCAUCUGCGGCAGCGACGUGCACUACUGGCAGCGCGGCCGCAUCGGCGACUUCGUCCUCGAGUCCCCCAUCGUGCUCGGCCACGAGAGCGCCGGGACCGUCGUCGAGGUCGGAGGCAAGGUGAAGAACGUCAAGGUCGGUGACCGCGUGGCGAUCGAACCGGGCGUGCCAUGCCGGCACUGCGAUUACUGCCGAGCGGGCGCGUACAACCUGUGCGCGGACACGGUCUUCGCGGCGACGCCGCCGUGGGACGGCACGCUGCAGAAGUAUUACAUCGUCGCCGGCGACUACACGUACCCGAUCCCGGACCACAUGUCCGCGGAAGACGGCGCGCUGGUGGAGCCGGUCGCCGUCGCCGUCCAGAUCUGCAAGGUCGCCGGGCUCAGGGGCGGCCAGACGGUGCUCGUGUUCGGGUGCGGGCCCAUCGGCGUGCUGUGCCAGGCCGUCGCCAAGGCGUACGGCGCCAGCAGGGUCGUCGGCGUCGACGUGUCCGAGUCCCGGGCGCGGUUCGCCAAGGCGUUCGCCGCGGACGACGUCUACGUCUCCAAGCGGCUGCCCGGGGCGCCGGGGGACCCCGUCGAGGCCGCCCGGGCGGUCGGCGAGAAGAUCGUGAGGGAGCACGGUCUGGGAGACGGCGCCGACGUGGUGCUGGAGUGCACCGGCGCGGAGCCGUGCAUCCAGGCCGGGGUCUUUGCGGCGAAGAAGGGAGGCACCUUCGUGCAGGCGGGUAUGGGGAAGGAGAACGUGGUCUUUCCCAUCACCGCGGCCUGUAUCAGAGCAUUGGUCAUCAAGGGCUCCAUCAGAUACACGACGGGAUGCUAUCCCGAAGCAGUGAGCCUGGUUGCGUCCGGGAAGGUUCAGCCAAGGAAGUUGAUCACUCAUCGUUACAAGUUUGAGGAGGCUCUCGAGGCAUUCGAGGUGGUCAGGCAGGCAAAGGAAGACACGCUCAAGGUGGUUAUUCAAGGCGUACCGAAAUAG